CCCCACCGCAGCGGGCACAGGAAAGGCGAGGAAACUUGCUCUGCUCUGAGGAUUUAUACCGGGCUUAGACACAUCUCCGGCGGGACUGUUUUCAUCGCAGAGUCUCCGACUGAGGACAAUGUUUCUCUUGCAGUACACCGGGCUCAAUGCUCUGCCUUUUGACCCAUCCAGCAACAAUGACCCGCUCCAAUUCAACAACUCCAGUGGGCCACUGGUGCCAGACUGUCCUUCUCUGGAAAACACAGCAGACAACGGCAAGAAGAGGAAAAGACCCAGCCUGCCUCUAGAGGGUAUCCGUAACAUGACCAUGGACUCCAACUCCAUGACAAUGCCCAUGUCAGACCCCAACGCCUGGGCAACAGCCAUGAACAACCUGGGGAUGCCUCCCAUGAGCAUGACUGGACAGCCGCUACUGUCAGAUUUUGACCCCAGUCUUGGGCUGAUGACUGGCAUUGCCCCCAUGAACCCCAUGAUGCCUGGCCUGGGCAUGGUGCCUGCACCCCUCUCCCAAGAUGUGCCCGUUGUCAAGGAGAUCAUCCACUGCAAGAGCUGCACCCUCUUUCCCCCCAACCCCAACCUUCCCCCUCCGGCCACCAGGGAGCGCCCUCCAGGGUGUAAAACAGUAUUUGUUGGCGGCCUGCCAGAGAACGCCACCGAACAGAUCAUCAUGGAGGUGUUUGGACAGUGUGGUGACAUCAUCGCCAUCAGAAAGAGCAAGAAGAACUUCUGCCACAUCCGAUUUGCUGAGGAGUUUACUGUGGACAAGGCUCUCUUCUUGUCUGGCUACCGCAUCCGCCUGGGCUCCAGCACAGACAAGAAGGACACGGGUCGUCUUCACGUGGACUUUGCCCAGGCCAGAGACGACCUGUAUGAGUGGGAGUGUCGCCAGCGCAUGUUGGCCCGAGAGGAGAGACACCGGCGUAAGAUGGAGGAGGAUCGCCUCCGGCCGCCCUCCCCUCCCCCCAUCGUCCACUAUUCUGAGCACGAGUGCAGCCAGCUGGGAGACAAGCUCAAAGACGACAGUAAGUUUCCUGAGGCAGUGCGCGUGCUGUUGACCUGGGUGGAACGAGGCGAAGUCAACCGCAGGAACGCCAACAACUUCUACUCCAUGAUCCAGUCCUCCAACAGCCACAUCCGCCGACUGAUGAGCGAGAAGUCUCAACAUGAGAAGGAGAUAGAGGAGGCCAAAGACAAGUUCAAGACCGCUCUGGCCGGCAUACUGGCUCAAUUUGAACAGAUUGUGUCUGUAUUCCAAGCUGCUUCCAAACAAAAGGCAUGGGACCAUUUCUCCAAAGCUCAGCGCAAGAACCUGGACAUGUGGCGCAAGCAGGCUGAGGAGAUUAGAAACAUGCACAACGAGCAGCUGAUGGGCAUCAGACGAGAGGAGGAGAUGGAGAUGUCUGAUGAUGACAUGGAGGAUGCCCCCGCUACCGACAGCAAGGACUCUGAGGACUCAUCAGGUACAUCCCAAGCAGAAGCCUUAAAAGAGGAGAAUGACUCCCUGCGCUGCCAGCUGGACGCCUACAGGAACGAAGUGGAGCUGCUGAAACAGGAACAGGGCAAAAACCAGCCAAUCAGGAGCGAGGAGGACAACACACACUCUCAGCAGCUCAGCUUCCUGCAGCAGGCUCUGCAGGGCAUGCAGAAGCAAUUGCUCAAAAUGAGGGAGGAGUUAAAACAGCGGGAGGCAGAGCUGGAGAAGAGCAUGGAUGACAAGCAGCAGCUGAAGAGCCAAGUCCAGAAACUCAAGGCAGGACUUCAGAACCUGCAAAACACACACACUCUGCAGCUGGAGACGUCAAAGCGAGAUGACAGAGGGAGCGAACAGAGUGCUAAUCAAGUCAAUGAUACAACAGCAUCAUCAGUGGUGUCCUGCAGUCAGGAGAAGGAAGGUCUUCCAGAGAAGAAUCACCCCAGUCCCGUCCACUCCGAGAGGGAAGCCCUGCUAGUUGGGAUCAUUUCAACAUUCCUCCACGUCCACCCGUUUGGGGCCAGCAUUGAGUACAUCUGUUCCUACCUGCAGCGUUUGGACACCAAGAUUAACCCUGGUGAGGUGGAGGCCCUGUUGUCUCGGCUGCCUUGCACCUUCAGACAGGAGCUGACAGGGGUGGGAGCCAGUCUGGAAAAACGCUGGAACUUCUGUGGCUUCCAGGGCAUCAAGAGCACAUAGACUGAGCAUGACUGAUGCUGCGGGGACACAGAGGAGACUGCAGGCACACAGGACACCACAGGGACAUGGAGGACACUGUAGAGAUGUGGAGGAAGCAGAACAAAGCCUACAACUACCGGAGAACGUGGACUCUACUCGACCAAUGUGAGGAUGCAGAGAAUUCAUCACAGAUCUCAGAUCAGGGAGGAGUGUUACAUGAACAUUUCAGGCACUCUGUGUAGGUGGCAGAGAGGUAACUAUAUGGUUCUUGUAAUGGCACAUGGAGUGAAACAUCUCUAUGGUGACAAAGAGAAAGAUGCAUCUCUAUGGUGACUGUCAUCUUUCUCUUGCUCGCUCCUUUUUGUGUUUUUGUCUCACGGGAUUCAACCAGAAUUCCCUUUGGAGAGCCAGUCUCAGUGAAGUCAUGGGAUUGGCUUUUGAUUUUUGUUUUUUUAAUUUGUGGUAUUUUACAUUCUCUGAGCCUACAGUUGGCUCAUUGUUCUGUCAGGCCUAGACUAAAGGGCUACGCAGGGAGGUCAUCAGGGUCUACUGUCAACCUCAAAACCCUCUGACUUCUCUUUUGCCUAUUCUUGGUUUUGUACAAUCAUGUAAAUUAUAUUAAUAUAUUUCCUUACUUUCUGUAUAGGCUAUUAAAUUAAACAUGCAUACAAUAUGGAUGCAGUGAUCAGGUUGAUUUGUACUUAUUUUCCACAUACAGGAGUUUCACAUCCCUCAGUAUCCAAUUAUGCUUCAAUUUAGUGACCCAUUGAUUGCACUGUCUGUUCUCAAUGGACAAUGGACAGCAAAGAGUGUAAUCAAGUCCCAACAGGAUGUGCACCUAAAAUGCUGCAAAUAUUAAAAUGAAAAGAGGACAGUAAUCUGUUUGCAGCUGUUGAAUUGUCUGCCAGCUGUAUGUGUAAUUUGAAUCAUCUGAAUCUGACUACAAACGUGUUAGUGAUAUUGCUAUCAUCAUGAUUCAAAAAGGGAGACGCGUUGGCUAUCAGACGGCUUUCACACGGUGCCUUCCAGGUCUGGUUCAUUUUUACAAAGACAGCCUAUCCUUCUUUGUGGGGUGAUUGCUCAACUUUAUUCCAAGUUAUUGAAUGUGAAUGACACUGACAUCAACGGCCUCUCCUGCUGCACUCAUGCUGUGGGGAACAUUAUUUCAUUUUCAGUCACGCAGCCACAGGAAAAAAAAAAUGUCUAGUUCAUUGCUGUAUUGUAUUACUUUGUGAAAGGGAACUUUCUUUUGUUUGUCAGUGGGCUCAACGAAAAAAAAAAAAAAA